UACGGUGCAACUAUAAAUACGAAGACGCUGGGUGUGUAAUUUUGCAUGCGGCAAAACAUUGAAGAUCAUGAAUACAAGAGCUUUUGUAGUGUGGUGUGUUUUGUUAGCGGCUGUUUUAGCCGCCACAGCUGUUGCUUCCGUCGAUGACGCAAAACAAGCUGGUGCAAACCAAGUAGACGAGUUAAAGUCAUCAUGUAAGUACGGGAACUGUGAACAUGGUGGAGAGAUUUCUUUCGAAGAAGCACAUAACGCUAAGAAUGAGCUCAACCAAGGAAUAGGUGGGUUCGAUGAAGUCAUUGGCGGGAAAGAGGAUGAAUCCAAAUACAACCAAGGCGGACAAAAGGGAGGCGGUGGAGGUGGCCGAGGAGGACAGAAGGGAGGCGGUGGUGGUGGCCAAGGAGGACACAAGGGAGGCGGUGGUGGUGGCCAAGGAGGACAGGGUGGACACAAAGGAGGAGGUGGGGGUGGUGCCCAAGGAGGACGCAAAGGAGGAGGCGGGGGUGGUGGCCAGGGAGGACACAAAGGAGGAGGCGGCGGUGGUGGCCAGGGAGGACACAAAGGAGGAGGCGGCGGUGGUGGCCAGGUAGGACACAAAGGAGGAGGAGGCGGUGGUGGCCAGGGAGGACACAAAGGAGGAGGCGGCGGUGGUGGCCAGGGAGGACACAAAGGAGGUGGCGGCGGUGGUGGCCAGGGAGGACACAAAGGAGGAGGAGGCGGUGGUGGCCAGGGAGGACACAAAGGAGGUGGCGGCAGCGGAGGAGGUAGAGGAGGUGGAGGUGGUAGUGGACGAGGAGGCGACGGCGGAAUGUAGAUCUAUCUGCAAAUAAAUAGGAAGUGUUUUUAUCUUGGAGCGCAAGGUAUUAUGUAUCUUAAACAACAAUAAAGUUAUAUGUAACAGUGUGCACAACCUCACUUCGCCGAGUGUCUAUAGGCUUCGGCACAAUGAAAGUUUUAUGUUUUCCUUAA